UUUCGUUUCGUUUGUGACGUUCGACGUGACAUGAAGGAUAUUAAUUUACGUAUAGAAAAAUAAAAAAAUAGUAUUUAAUUUGUAGUGGUUUUUAAUCUUUCACAAGUAACAAUUGGAUUCUUAGAAUUAUUUAUCUCUAUUUCAUACAAAUGUGAGUGAUCUCAACACUGAAUACGUGUUAUAUAUAUAUUUCAUUAGAUGUCUGGGGCUCACAAAAAUCGUUAUAAGAAUGCAGGCCUAAGUGCUGAUGAGUUGCGGCGACGCCGUGAGGAAGAGGGUGUCCAGCUCCGGAAACAAAAACGGGAGCAGCAAUUAUUUAAACGCAGAAAUGUUAAUCUUCCAUCUUCAAAUGUCCCAGAUGUAUUACUACAAGAUGAUGUGGGCUUAUCUCCAUCUGAGGAUAUUACUCCAGCAAUGGUUGCAGCUCUCUAUGGUGACAAUCCCCAAGAACAGGUCAUGGCUACCCAAAAGUUCCGUAAAUUACUGAGCCGUGAACCCAAUCCUCCUAUCGAAGAAGUAAUAAGAACUGGAAUUGUUCCCAAAUUUGUAGAAUUUCUUACAAAUAAUGCUAAUCCAACACUACAGUUCGAAGCCGCAUGGGCGUUGACGAACAUAGCAUCGGGUUCAUCAGAGCAGACUCAGGUGGUAGUGGAGUGUGGGGCAGUGCAAGUGUUGGUGUCGCUGGUGGGCAGCACGUGCAGCGACGAGGUGCGGGAGCAGGCCGUGUGGGCGCUCGGCAACGUGGCCGGGGACUCCCCGCGCUGCCGCGACACCGUGCUGGCGGCCGGCGUGCUGCCGCCGCUCAUACAGAUAUUGAAUAAAUACACUAGGUUAUCUAUGACAAGGAAUGCUGUUUGGACACUGUCAAACUUGUGUCGAGGCAAAACCCCACCCACGAAUUUCGAAGCAGUCGCUCCAGGUAUCCCGGUGCUAGCGCGGCUGCUGCACCACACUGACGCGGACGUGCUAUCAGACGCGUGCUGGGCGCUGUCCUACCUCUCCGACGGGCCUGAUGAGAAGAUACAAGCUGUUCUCGACACAGGCGUCUGUCGGAGGCUGGUGGAGUUGCUCAUGCACAACAAAUCAACCGUAGUAUCGGCGGCUCUGCGCGCAGUUGGCAACAUAGUGACCGGAAAUGAUGCGCAAACGCAAGCUGUGCUGAACUGCAACCCGCUGCCCAACCUCCACCACCUCUUGCGCUCCAACACAGAGGCACUGAGGAAGGAAGCCUGCUGGAUGCUCUCGAACAUCACAGCUGGGAAUGCUGUACAAAUACAGGCGGUAAUAGAUGCGAAUAUAUUCCCGAUUUUAAUCGAAAUUUUAAGACAAGCCGAAUUUAAAACGCGAAAGGAGGCCGCGUGGGCGAUCACCAACGCUACAAGCGGCGGGACCCAGGCACAAAUAAGAUAUUUAGUAGAACAAGGCUGCAUACCACCCCUCUGUGAUUUAUUAACUCUGACUGACCCAAAAACGGUGCAAGUCGCUCUAAAUGGACUGGACAAUAUAUUAAAGGCCGGAGUACAGGCGGAACAAAACGUUAAUCCAUAUGCAGCACUUAUUGAGGAAUGUUUCGGCCUGGACAAGAUCGAGUUCCUGCAAUCGCACGAGAAUCUAGACAUCUACAAGAAGUCGUUCGAGAUGAUAGAGAACUACUUCGGGUCGGAGGAGGAGGACGGGCGGCUGGCGCCCGCCGUGUCCUCCACCACCGACAGCUUCCAGUUCAGCGACCAGCUGCCCAGCGGCGGCUUCCAGUUCUAAUCUAACUCACAGAUGCCUGCCUGGUAACAAUUGCCUUCGAGACGACUAGUUCACUGAACAAACGCUUACACUGGAGUGUAUUAUAAAUAUUUUGCACACAUUAUGUAUAGAUAUUUUAUUUAUUUAUAAAUAUGAAAUUAUUAACAAAAUUUGUCUGCCCUGUGUUUCGCUAUUGUAUAGUUAACAGCAUAUCUAGUUUACCUAUUACGUAGUAAAGUGUAUGUGGGAACAGAAUUAAUACAAUAACCACGAUAGAUUCGACGCACGUAGUUGUAGGAUUUACGAAAAUGCAGUAUAAAAUGUAAAUAUCAGUUUGGUUAUGUAACGAGGAUAUCACAAUUUCCGUCAAUCAUAUAUUUAAUUGAAUUAAAAAAGCGAAGUUUUACGGUUUAGUCACGACUAGAGUUGUGCCGGGAUGCUAACGUUAGCUAAUUCGCCGCUAGGGGCGCUGAUGUUGUAAAAGGUCCGUUUUCAAUCGAAUUUUGAUGUUUGUGUAGUGCUCAUCUUGCUUUCUUUUAUACACUCGACUUACUUUUUGACAAUUUCCGCUCUUGGAGCGCCAGACUUUUUCCUAUAUAUCUCUUGAAAAAAAUGUAGUACGGCACAUCUCUAGCAUGACCUUGAACGGUGAAUGAGGGCAACGAACGGGAAUCUUUGAGAAUUAAACCAACCGGAGAGGCCACUUACUUACAGACGUUAUUCCAUGACAGACGUUUUCACAUAGAAAUUUCCGCUCACAAUCUAUCCAGUUGGUUUAAUUUAAAGUUCUACUUUCUCCUGCAUGUUUUUUCUAGGUAUAUGUUUCUUAUUGUAGCGUAAGCGGAUUUGAUAUACGUGUGUAUAAGAAAUGAUAAUAUAUUUUAUUUCCUAGCGUGACUACCAUUGCUUCCCGCCUAUCGCCCCGCGCUAUGUUUCCACUCACCGCUCAAAUCCAAACCGUUACGCGUCAUAGCAUCAAAUAAAAUGAACUGUAUAUAAAAUAUUUAGCAUAUAAUAAUUAUAUACUACUUAUCCACAUGUAUUGUGUACGUACGUGCAAUAAAUGUAAUACGGAAUCAACACAUUCUGCGAAGGGAAAUUACAUUGACUGUCAUUGAGCAUUGCUUUCAAUGCAAUUUUUCUUAGAAAUUGUAGUUUGGAAAAUCCCACGUAAAAUAUUACGGGAUUUUCCAUGUGCCAGUCUUUGUUAUUGUAUUAGUUACUCGUAUGUGUUAUGCUAAAAGUUAACAUGUUUACCUACUUAUUUCACAUUACACGAUUGGUACAGACAAAAUUGGCAUUUUGAUUAUACUGUUGUACUUAUAUUUAUAUACUCGCUUUCUAAUUUAUUUGUUUUUUUUUUGUCUUGGAAAAUUAUUUUAUGAUCUGCAUUGGGAUGGUCACAUCUAAAAUUGAACGCUCUUAUUUAAUGACCGUAUAAUUAUUAAAAAUUGUAAAUACAUAUUAUUUGUUUCUAUGGCAUUGUCGGUUUUAAUUUAGACGAAAUCCUAACUAACGGUAAGAGUUUUAAAUUAUAUUUAUUUAUAUUUUUGAUUUGUGCCAGUCAUAUGUUUAUAAGUACUAAUUUUAAAAAAGGCUUGGUAAAUAUCUUACUACAUAUUUUUAGAGACUUAUUGACAUUGCCUGUUCGGUGUUUAUAUCGCAAGCGAUAUUGUGCCUUACGGUUUAUGUUCACAGUGACAAAUUUAGUAUGAAAUGCUUUAGCACCUCGACAAAUUGAAUACGAUUUAUUUGUAGAAGAUGUGGCAAAUAAAUUAACAUGUUUCGCUCUAUUAAGAGGUUGCUCUCUGCUCACUAGCCUUUCCAUCACUUUUUAUCAAUUUCUUUUAAUUUACCACGAGAAUUAAAAAAAUACCAUCGGAGAUUAGGCUAGACUAUAUACCUAAAGAGAUAGUAUAAACUAUAAAUAGGUACUAUUAUUGUUUUUCAUUGUACAAAUAGUCACAAUUUACAACAAGGAUAUUGGUGUCCAAUGAAAAACUAUAAGUAAUACUUAUUAAUAAAAUCAUUUAUUUAGUGAAGCAUAAUCAUAAUCACCUGUGAUAUGCUUUUAGUUUUCGCUAUUAGUUAAAAUAAAAUGUUAAAAUUGUAAUGGUGGCGCUAGUGUGCGGUUUGACUCACCUCUUCAUAUACCGUUGAAUAAAAAAUGGGCGUCUAUAGUUCUAAGAUAGUCAAAUAUACACAAAAAUGAAAAAUCAUUUAAAAAAAACCUAAGUUUAAUCAAUAUUUUUUUAUAACAAGUAAUAUAUAUCAGAAAAUCAAAUACAACGCUUAUAAUGUAAUGAUAGGUCUCCUUUGAUUUUUAUCACGUUAAAAUAGUACCGUGCUUUUAUUUGCUGCGAAUUAACAGAUCAACAAUCAACAAAAGCAUUUUUUGCAUAAACAUCUACGACAGAGAUGUUCACAUCUCAAUAAGCCUUAAUCAGGGGAAAUUUGUACAUUUGCUUCCUUUCAGCACCCCCAAGUCUACGAAUUACGAGAUUAUAUUAAAUUAUAUUAUCUACGUAUUUUUAAAAGUAAAUAAAUUAAUGUAUUUUUGUAA